AUGGGUGGCCGACCAUUUGAUGUACCUAUUCCAGAAGAACCUAAGGCUCCAUUCCCCAUUAUCACAGAAUAUUGUGAUAUCGUAUGUGGGUUUGGUCGUGGAUCCACUGAUUUAGGUAUUCCAACCGCUAAUGUUGAAAUUGAGGAAGUCCCACCAAGAAUGAAUCUAUUAGACCUAGGUGUAUACUUUGGGUUUGCCCAUUUAGAAAAAGUGGAUAAGGAACUUACUCAUGUUAAUCGAAAGGAUGGGCAGAAAGUAGCUUAUAAUUAUGGGAGCCAUCUAACCGAGGAGAAUGGUGAUUUGGAUAUUCUUCCCAUGGUUCUAUCCAUUGGUAGAAACCCCUUCUAUGGUAAUGAUUUUAAGACUAUAGAAUUGCAUAUUCUUCAUGAUUUUACUGAUAAUUUUUAUGGUGCUAAAGUUAAAUUUAACAUUUUGGGCCAUAUCAGGCAAGAGUUAGAUUAUACAACAAAGGAGGCCUUGAUAAGAGAUAUAAACAUUGACAUUGAGAUUGCCCGUUCAACUCUAUUGAAAAAGUCUUAUCUUAAGUAUAAAGAAGAACUUAGAUGUUAG